UUUAAUUAAUUUAUUUGGGGCUUUUAAACAACGUAUUUUUUUGGGACUACGAAAUAUUCGAAUCCGCUACUUUUGGAGCUUCCAUUCGCUACUUUUUAAUCUUAAGUUCUGGCAAUACUGUUUCGUGUGAGUUGUUUGUUUUGGUUAACUUUAAGAAAAUGACAGCUGAUUGGAUUGAAUAGUUUGAUUAAGAAGAGUAUAUAAAAAUGAUUGUCGUCUGAAUGAAAUGAAAUUUCAAAUUAGUUAUGCUGUUGAAAGAAUUUACGCGUUGAUUGUGUGUAUUGUUAGUAUUACUAAAGAAAACUAGAUAUUGAAAAUGAAACUAAGAAGUCUUUUAACCUUUGUUUGUUUUAUUGGAAUCUUUAACCUGGUGAUUGGAGAUUGCAACAAUUUUAGGUUUAACAAAUUCUCAAUAAAUCCUCAUUCUACUCCAUAUGGCAAUCAAUCUGCUGGCACUUAUAUGAAAGUUAAUGAAGCAGACAAUUUAUCAGAUUGUGUAGAAGCAUGCUGUGAAGAUAGUGAUUGCAAUGUGGCUUUUCUUUUCAAUACUGAUUGUUUUACACUGCAGUGUCAUAAUUAUAAGCUUUGCCAGCCUCUUAAAAGGAAAGGAAAGAAAUUUCAGAUAUCAUUUGUUGUGAUUGUUCGGUUUCCAGAGGAAACUUUAUAUGGAGACGUAAUGAUGGAUAAUGAAAAUGACAAUUUUCCUGAAUUAAACUUUGAGGAUGUUAAGGAUGUUCAACGAGAACCAUCAAAUCAAAAUGAAGGUGAAGAUUUUAAAACAGUGUUUAAGUCAUGUAUAUUUGGUUUAAAUACUGAUUGUCCUGAACAUGAACAAUGUGUUCCAAAAAAUAAUCGUGCUCGAAGUGGUUUUUGUGAAUGUGAAGAUGAAUAUGUACGAGAUGCUGAAGGAAUCUGCAAAAAAAAGCCAUUAAUCAGAAAUCAUAAUCGUCACAUUACUAUUUCUCCUUCAAUAACUGUGAGUCAGGCAACUGUUUCUGUGAAAAAUGUUACUGAUAAGUCACUAACUACUACUUCUUCAGUGCAUCAACUUGUUGUGUCAGCAGGAGAUAAUGUAACAUUACAAUUGCCAGAAAACGAAGUUACGCUCUCUGCUUAUGCUGUUCAACAAUUAGAAGGUGAUACUUACAAGUAUGAGUGGACAUUAAUUUCUCAUCCAGAAGGAGAUGAAACUGGUACAAUGCAAGAUCAAAACACAAAAAAUUUGAAACUUUCUAAGUUAAGAGCUGGAUUAUAUACAUUUAAAGUUACUGUCUCUUCUGAAAAUGCUGUUGGUGAAGCCAUGGUUAAUGUUACAGUCUUACCACCUGAACGAGAAAAUAAACCUCCAAUUGCUAUUAUUCAACCUUCAAAUGUGACAGUAAAACUCCCAAAUAAAGAUACUGUUCUCGAUGGCUCUUUUAGUACAGAUGAUGAUAAAAUUGUCAAGUAUCAAUGGGAAGUUCUUGAAGUGCCUAUUGGUUAUUCUGUUCAAUUAAAUGAGACUCCUACUUUGCAGUUGAAAAAUUUAAUCCCUGGACUUUAUCGUUUUAAGUUGAAUGUUACUGACUCCAAAGGGGCUUCAAAUUUUACUUUUGCUAAUGUCACAGUUCAAAAAGAGACAGAUUAUCCUCCAACUGCUAAUGCUAAAUCUGAGGUCGUCAUUUACUUACCCCAAAAUGAAGUAACUUUGAAUGGAAAUCUUAGUACUGAUGAUAAAGGAAUUAAAACAUGGGAAUGGAAAAAAAGCCCGGACACUGAUAAAGCUGUGGACAUGGAAGGUACAAAUGGCCCAUACUUACACCUUUCUCAACUUGAAGUAGGAGUGUAUAAAUUUAUAUUGAAAGUUACUGACACAGCGGAUCAAACAUCUACAACAGAAGUGCAUUUGUUUGUUAAGCCUGAAAGUAAUGCUCCACCAGUAGCUAAUGCUGGUUCCGAUCAAAAAGUAACUCUUCCUAUUAAAGAACCUUUCAUAUUAAAUGGAACUGCAAGUAAAGAUGACAUUAAAAUUGUAAAAUGGAAAUGGGAACAAGUUUCUGGUCCAAAAGCAGCAAUUCUAGUUGAUGAUGAUACUGCUGUAUCAAAAGUCACUGGGCUGAUACCUGGAUAUUAUCAAUUUAUGUUAACAGUAUAUGAUGAAAAGAAUUUACAUGCUUCGGCUACUAUAAAUGUAUCUGUAAUACAAACUGAAAAUUUACCUCCUAGAGCUAAUGGUGGUGGAGACAAAACUAUUUACCUGCCUUGUGAUGUUGUUGUUAUGAAUGGCACUGCUUCCUCUGAUGAUUAUGGCAUUGUCAAAUAUCAGUGGACUAGAGAUGCAUCUUCUCUUGCAGCUGGAUCAGUAAUUGAGGAUUCUGAUGAAACAGCUGUUUUGAAGCUUAGUGGCUUGAUAGCUGGUCGAUACCUUUUUCGUCUCACUGUGUCUGAUCUUCAGGGUGCAUCAUCAUCUGAUACAGCUUCUCUUAUAGUAAAACCUUCUAAAACUCUCCUGGAUCAUGUUGAACUAAUGGUAAAUGCUGAUAUCAAAAGUUUCACACAAGAGCAAGAGGAUACUUUAUUGCGGCAACUUGAAAUAUUAUUGCAUGAAGCAGAUCCUAUUAAAGUUAAUUUAAUAAAGUUAGAUUCAGACCGCCAUUCUAGAAGGGUGAUUUUAAUUUUCACGGUGGAGAGAAUUUCAAAUUUAAACAGUGGCCUUAUAACUGGUGUAGAUGUUGUAGCUCGUCUUAAAAAGAAGCUUCGCACUGACAGUUCUUUAUUGGAUGUUCAAGUAUUAUCUAUUGAUACAGUGGUUUGCCAAAACAAAUGUUCUGGGCAUGGUAGCUGUGAUCAAUAUACAAAACAUUGUGUUUGUGAAGCUUUCUGGAUGCAAGAUAUAUUUCGUUACAACUUUGGUGAUAAAGAAAGUAAUUGUGAUUGGAGCAUUUUAUAUGUAAUUAUAGUGUCUUUUACAAUUAUUGUAACAUUAGCUGGAAUACUUUGGAGUGUUGUUUGUUGCUUCUCUAGGAUGAGAUUUCGAAGACCCAAGAAGCGUCAUCGUUAUACUUUGCUAGAUGAUUUUAAUGACAGGGAAAGAGAGAGAGAAAAAUUUUUUCCUCAAAGCCAAAAAAACAGUCUAAUGAUAUCGGAUUCUGAAUCUGAUGCUAUAUUUGAGUCACAAAGUUUGCCUCUAAGUGUGAAAUCAAAUGGUAUUUUGAACGGUGUAAAUAGAGAUUCUCACAAUAUAACUGCCUAAAUAAGGUCGCUGUUCUUGUGUCCUUUUAUGCAGUUACACAGUACACAGCUGUGAUGUGCUUACUACACAAGCAGUUUUGUUAUAGUGUCGUACUUUUAAGUCAUGAAUAUUGUUGGAAACUGAUAAGGUUCCUAAACUUUCCAUUCCAUCAGGCUUUUUUUGUAAAUGCUCAUUAUGUAUGUUAGCAAUAUUUCUUGUUUUCAUUUUUCUUAUGGCUAUGCAAACACACUUUGAUUUAAUGUUUCAAUAAUUUUAUAGCUAUUUUUGUUAGAUAAAAUUAUAUGUAUGUUAACUGCUGUGUUAAAUUAUGUAUGUGGUUCAAUUGAAAAUUUCCACAUUAUUUUAUGUGAUAUUUUUUUUUUACUGUAUAUAGUUAGAGUGAUAUUUGCUGUUCUCAUUCUCUAAUUAAGAUGAAAAUUAUUUAAAAGAAAAAUUUUCUGUGAGAUAAAUACAAAAAUAAAUUUAUAAAUAUUUUUGAAUUUUAUUUUGAUUAACACACCUUCUGGGUAUGUUUAAGGCAUAUUCUAGUCUCAUCUAAUGAAACCUUGGGCUCUAGAACCCUUUUAAAAUGGGGGAUAAAUUAGCAAAGGGGUUUUAAGGUCCCUCAUGAAGCUUAUUCAAUAUUCACAUUUUACUGUUAAUUUGAAUACACAAAAUCUUGGCUUUAAUUAGUGAGAAUGAGCGAAAAAAGAGAUUUCCAUAAUUGAAAAGAACUAUCUUUCAAAAGUUGUAUAUUUUGUGAUUGAUAAUUGUCAUUUUGUUAUAUAAUUUAUAACAAAUGCAUUAAAAUUUAUACUAAAAACUCUUUUAAGCUUUUGCUUAAUAGCUUUUGCCAAACUGAAGAAUAAAUAAAUAAGUAAAAUUUUUAAAAAAAAGCAUUAAAAAGUAAACACCAAUUUAAGAAAAAAAAAUCCUAAUUAAAACUACUACUAUCUUAUGGAAAACAUAAUUUAGUAUUUUAACUUUUAAAUCAAUCAAGCAUAUUUUAUGUUGUGUGAGUUCAUCAUUUUAACAAAAAUCAAUAACUAUGCGUAUUAAAUUUAUAUUCACAAUCAGAACUUGUUUGAUGAAAUCGAAAUAAAACUAAUAUAGGUGAUACGUUUUGAUUCUCGCACUCAACUGAGCUCAUGACCAAACUAAGUGUUAAUGCUGUUCUUAUUUGGAAUAUUGAACAUGAACUUAGCAACAUAAAACAUGAAAGACCUUGGUAACAAAAUUCAAGGAAUAAGAAACAUAAAACAUUGUUUCCAGGUCUAUCCAGAAUUCUAGCAAACCUUCCAUGUGUAAUUCUAGUUAGGGACGUCACUGAGAUUGAAAGCAGUAAAGAACCUGAGAUUUCUAGUACUUCUUUGACUUCGAAUUCAGAGUUUUGAGAAUUCGCUUUUUUAUUUUAUUUUGCAGCCAAAAUGUUUUAAGUUUGCUUGUUUUCUUGAAAUUUGGAAAGUUGUGCUCCACCUAAAGCUAGAUUUGUUUUCUGUCUUUCCAUUUUUUGCCAUUAACUGUUCAGAAAUUUGCAAAUCAAUGAAGCCAAUACCUAUUCAUAUUACAGUUUGCUGGUUGUAAAGAAAUCUGGCUCUUUAGGGCAAACUUUCCUUGUUUUUUCACAACCUCAAUGUUUGUGGUAAAUGUGUAGGAAGUUUUUCUUCUGGUGCUAAUAUUUUUAUUAUGAAAGUAAAUCUGAAACGAAUCACAGUGGUGCAGAAAUAUAUAAUAAAAAUUGCAAUAUUCAAGAAUAUUACAGAAAAGAAAAAUGUGAUAGUAAAAUUAUGAUAACCAAUAUUUCAUCUCUAGCAAUAUUUCAUUCAAUACGCAAUUUUUGAAUGGUAAGAGAUUUGAAAAAAUUUAUAAAAAUUCAUUGUCUUUCAAAAAUUUUGAAAUUUAAAGGCUUUUGUGGAAAAUGAAGAUGGUGCAUAAAAAUCCUGAAAAAAUUCGCGAUUGAUAUACCAGUCCACAUGCAACUAUAGAGAGGUAGUGUUUUUGAAUUAUCAAAUACUUUUUUUUGCUCCAUCUUAAUAAUUAGCAAGUUAAUAAUACUUUGUAUUAUUAAAUAUUUAGUUUGUUGAACUAUGUUUCUGUGUGUUCUCAGCUUAAAUUAAAUCACAAUCUCAUGGAAUGGAUUAUCUAAUGUUAUAGUAAUAAAAUAAAUAAUUUGUUAUGUAUUUUUUAAAACUAUGCUAUGCAUUCUAAACUUAAAAAAAAACUAAACUCAGUGGCACGACAGCUCAUAGAGGGCCAAGGCCUACUGUGCUCAUCUCAGUUCUCUUGACCUUGGGCUUGCCCAUCUCAAUUUUCUUGGGCUCUGGGGUGUAGGAGCAGAUGUUCCAGUCAGGUGGUCAGCCAAACGCAGAACCCCCAGUGUUUAGUUCCCAAGCAUGCUUGGUACUCAUUUAUUGACCCACUGAAGGGAUGAAAGGCUGAGUUGACCUUGCCCGGCCCGAGGAUUGAACCAGGGACCUGUGGCAAGACAGCGCGAGGCGCUACUGCUCAGCCACCGGGCGUCGUAUUCAGGAUAUUAAAAAUUUUAAAUUUUUUUACAUUUUUAUCAUAGUAAUUACUGUUCUGCAUUUUAAAAUCAUGUAAUAUGCGUUUAUUUCCAAAACAAAAAGCAAUGAAAUCAAAUUAUUUAUUUAUCAAUAAUUUUAUGAAUAAUUUACUUUUUUUAAAUAAUAAAUACUGUAUAUUUUCCCCCUUUAAUUUUAUUCUUCAAAUUUCUCAAUUCUAUAAAUACUUCAUAAUUUAAACCAGAUAUAGAUUAAAGAUCACAUCAUUUUGCCCUUUUGAAUAACUCCCAGUAUAACUUCCCUUUUUUAUGUCUAACUGUUUUUAAUCUCCACAUACUACAACAUUAUCAGUUGCAGUAGAUAGCUUUUUAUUGCUGUAAUUAGCUAUAUUUUCUUAAACUUAUGUCAUGUGUGUGAUUUUUCUGCUAAUUUAUUUUUUCAUACUUUUUGUCUGCUUUUAUUUUUUGUGAUUUAUUUAUUUGUACAUCUUGAUUCAUAAAGAGGGUGUUAAUCAAUCACCCAUAGCAAUUUGUUUUACCUCAAUUUGAAAAUCACCAAGACUUGCCAAUUUAAAUCUCGAUUAAAGUCAUGUAUUAAAUCACUUGGAUUUUUUUAUAUAACAUGCAGCUAAUUAUAAUUACUGUGUACAUUCUUAUGCAACUUAAAUCUAUUUAUCUAAAAUCUAUAUAUCUAAAGUUUAAGUUUACAAAUUUUUGGGAGGAAAGCUUUUAUGUUUCCUAUGUUCAGCUGCAAUAAAAUACCUUCCCUCUUAUAUAUUUUAUUUCAGUAGCAUCAAAACUGUUCUUUAUGUUUGUUAUUAUUAUGACGCUAUUAUCAGAACUGCUCUUCACCACACACACAUUCUCUGUAACAACUACAUAGCACCUCCAUUUCCUUGCUUAUCUGAUUGAUCUACAUUUCUGAGACAAAGUACUUGAUUUAUUUUAUUUUUAAAAGGUGCUAUUAAAACUUAAGUUUAUAAUUAGUUAAAUUUUAUAAAUACAAUUAUUAUUGAAAUAUUAAAAAUUUUUAUGAAGCUAUGAUUUUUAUGAAGGAAUAGAAGAAAAAGCAGUUGCUUAUUUUUGGCCUUUGUGAGAGGUCUAUUUAUUAUUUUCUGUACAUAGUUUAGUACACUAAAAAUGUGAAAAAAUUGGAGAAUUAAUGUUUUGUGCACAAAAUUCAUGCCUUAAGUGUUUGUAGAAUAUGUUAAAUGUAAUCUGAAAUACUUGAUAGUUUUUCCUUAAAUUUUUCUUUAUUUUUAAUUAAUAUUACAAAUAUUCUAUAUGUAAACUUCUUCCAGCCUGUUUUUUUAAGAAAUAAUUUUUGUUUUGAUAAAUAUCCUUUCCAAAUUAAUUUUACUCAUUUCAUUCAUAUUUUUAAAUAUGUGUGUCGUAAACUUGUGAUAAACAGCAAACCAAUAAAUGAAGAUAGAGAGGGAAGAACAGUUCAUGUCCAUUUUUCACGAAAAUGAUGAUUGAAUAGCCAUCUGUUUCUUUUUGAGGAUUACUAUAAUAAAUUAAUAAUGUUGUAAUAAAUCAAUAAUCAGAACCUUGAAAUUUCAUUUUUCUCGGAAUCAGCUUUUAUGGCAUAAACCGUUCUUCCCUCUUGAUCUUCAAAUGUGUAUGUAUUCUCAUUGAUUGAACCAUCAUUUAUUUUACCCGAUAGUUGAUUUUAUAAUUUGAUAAUUAAAUAUUUUUAUUAUAUACAAAUAUUUCUAAAGAGUUUAGGUACAUUUUACUCAAGUAUCUCAAUUACAUUUAUUUUUAAGUGUAUUAUAGCUUCUUUGAAAUUUACUCUUUUAUAUUUAUUACUUCACAAUUAUAUUUUAUACUUUGUGUCCUUAAAAAAUUUAAUAUUCUUAUAAGGUUAUUAGACAUCUAAUAAAAAAUCUAGUGCCAUCUAACCAAUUCUGGGAAAUUCGCCAUUUAGAUGUUUUUUAUUAUUUUUUUUUAAGUAACAGGUUUAUGGAAAGUUAUGAAUCCGAAUAAAAAUGUACAAUUGUACGUUUUCCAUUCGUGAUGUUUAGUAAAAUCUCAUUACCACUAGAUAGAACACAUUUUCACAGACAGCAAGCAGCUUCACACUCCACUUCAAUGAUCUGGUUUUUGGGAAUCUGAUGACUUUUGUUUCUCCCUUACAGGACUCGAAGAAAAUGACAACCAACUUAUUUUUUCUUCAAACCAUUCUUUGCAUCUUCUCACAUAUUUUGGUCUUUUGUUCAUGGACUUUGAAUUAGUAAAUGAUAAUGUUUAGGUUUUAUUUUUGGCUUGUUCUCUUUUUGUUCUUUUCGGCUUCAAUCGCUUUUCGCUGAGUUUUCUUAUUCUGUUAUACCAAUUCCGUUGAUAUUAAAGCCCAAGUAAGCAAACCUACUCGAAGAUCCUUUUUCUAUUUCGUAAUAUUGUCUUCUGAAGUUUUCUUGAGUCAAGUCUGGUUGAUGGCGAACCCAAUGAUUUCAUCUUGGUUGAUUCCACAAUAAUUUAAUAUUCUGAUCUGGCGACAAAAUUUCUACAGUGUUCUUUUACAUUUUACCUAGUCACUUUAUAUGAUCCAUUCUUAUAAAUCAGUUUGUGCAUUCCAACUAUAUUUUAAAAUUUGAGAAUGUAUUAUAACCAUAAAAAUAUACCAUAAAAAUUUGACUAAAUCGUUUUACAGCUUUUAACUAAACAAUGAUUUUUCUCUUCUGAAUGUGGUUACCUUAUUUCAGUAACAUAUUUUACGAUGUAAUGAAUUUUAUGCUUUUAUUAAAAUUGUUAAGCAGAAAAUCUGCAUUUCUAAAGUACCUAAAAUAGUUUAUUUUACAUUUUUUCAACAAAAAAAAACUUUUUUAUUUAUAUUGGUUGCUCAUUAAUAUUAUUCUAAUAUAUAAGGUUUUUAGUGCAUUUUUUGUGGGUAUGAAAGCUUAACAUGUAUUCAUGUCCAUUUACUGGUUCAAAGCUUUGCAAAUGAUUGACCAAUUUCAUUUGGUACUGGCAUACAUUAUUAUUAUCAAUGGAACUCAACACAGUUUUUCCAACUUACAAUAAAUGAAUUUUCUUUAUCUUAAAGAAUUUUAAAUUGUACCAUUUUCAAAAUACAAUUGAAAUAUUCAUUAAAAAAUUCAAAAGGUUAAAUACCAUCAAUAAAUUGAUAAAUCGAUCUAUGUAUACAGGGCCUUAAGCCAGGAUUUUUUGUGGAAUGUAAUAUAUAUAAUAUUUUUUUCAUGAUUUUACUAUUUAAAUACUAUCCUUUAUUGAGUUUUUGUAACUUCUUUUCCUAUAACGAGUUUUUGUUACUUGCAUUUCGCCAAAUAUUCUGAAAUCCAAAUAUUCCUUUUCAUAGAUAACAGUGCUGAAUUUGAUUUGCUAUUUAUUUAACAAAAAUAAAUUUACCAAUUAUUGGUGGACAUUUGAUUAAAUUACAGUGGUAUACAUUAUUGAUAGUAAAAAAUUUAUUGAUUUUCAAAUACCACUAAUAAAAGGAUAGUAUAGGUCUGUAGCCAGGAUUUUUUUGUAAAAUGUUAUUUAUUUGAAUGAAACACAAUGAUUUUGCAAUUUAAAUAUACUUUUCUGCUUAGCAAUUUUUGUUAAUUAUUACAUUAGUCGAAUCUAUUUUUAAAUUUUUUUUUUAUAUCUGUAAGUUUGCUAUUACAUCAUUUUUCUUUUUUUGCAGCAUUGGUGCAUUAUAAAGAGUAGUUUUUAUCGUAGGGUAAUUAUUUUCUAUUUUGAAAUGUCUUUUCAGUAAAGGAAAUAUAUAUGUACUUUUAUCAGUGUUGUAACACCUCUAUUUAUUUUUCUUUUGGAUUGCUAAGUAAUUGGUGAAAAUUAUAAAAUAAGAAAGCUUGCGUAUAAUGCAAAAUGAAUUUAUUCUGCUGCUAGAAAAAGGAAAAUUGAAGUUUUGACAGAAAAAAGUGUUUUUUUUUUGUUUGUUUUUUUUAAAUUUCUUUUUACUAAAAUCACAUUUAAAUUUAAAUUUGCAUGUUAGUAACUGAUGCAAGUCAUAUAAUUUUACAGAUGAACAGUAAAUAAUUGUUAUUAAAAAAUAUCUCAUUCUAUUACGGAUUUUAAAAGAAAAAAUAAUUUUUGUUUUAAAAAUUUAACAAAAAAUAUAAGUAUUACAAAUAAAAAUCUUAAAGAAAAAUUUGAAGAGGGGCUUAAAUCCCUAUAUUCCACCCACUGGCUAUGGCCUUGCAUCUAUAAUAUAAUGAUCAAUGAGUGAAACCACUUAAAACAAAUUAUCGUUGUUUUUUAAAGAUUCAAAAAAAAAAUGCAAUUCUUUUCAUAAGCAAAAAGUAUGAAAAAUUUCAACAAAUGUGUGAAACAAAGUGUAAAAAUUCAUUACAAAUCAAAUAGAUUCUAUUUUUAAAUUUGCAAUUACUUCCCGUAAAGAAAUUAUUAUUAAUAAAACUAUUUUAAAAAAACAAUAGUUUAAAAAUAAAAUUGAAAAGACUAUUAUUUAUAACUGGGAGUAUAAAAGUUGUGUCUGAGACUUAUAUAUAAGAUUAAUAAUGAUUUAUUAUUUUAAUGAUUUUAUUUGAUGAGUAAUUAAAAAUAAAAGAAAUAAACCAUUAAGUUUAUCUUGACUUACACAGCUUUACUUUUUAACAAAGAUAUAUUUUUAUGCUUAUGUUUUGACAUAAAUAAAACAAGAAUGUAAGUAAAACAAGAAUUUAUCUCAUUGAAUAUUAUUGAAACUUGAUACAUAAGUGUGUAGGAACUACUGACAUUAGGGUUUUUCUUUGCAUUGUCCAUCAAGAAAAUUUACAUACUGAGAACAUGUUGUGCAUACAGUGACAUUUAAAUCUUUAAUAAAAAAUAAAAGAAUAUGGUAAUUUAUGCUAAAAUAAACUGUUAUUCUCUUCCACUAUUGAAUUUCUUUACUUCUAUAAGCACAAGUGUGGCCUCUUUGAUUUUGAAAAAUUAUUUCAGAGUCCCCCAGGCUCAAAAGGUUGAAGACCCCUAUUGUACCCAAAGCACAUAUCAGCUCAAAUAUUUACUUCAAUUAUUUUAAAAGUUUAAAAAGAGUGUGUAAUUGUUUGUUACUUUAUAAAUAUGUUGAUAUAUAAACACUAUAUAAAAUUUUUGCAGUGUGUUGUAUCUUACUUAUUUUGUUGAAAUAGACUUGGAGUAUAGAAUACUGUAAUAAACUUUUUCUAGUUAUAUUAUUUUAAUUUAAUUGAAUAUUGUUUAAGUCAUGUUUUAGGACUUUCAAAUAAUAUAGUCUUGAAAUUCUGUAGAACUUUAAAUUGGUAUUUUACUUAUUAGUAAGAUUAAUCAACUACUUAAGUUGAUAGUUAAAAUUUAAGAUGUGAUUAUUUUUCUAAAUAAAUUUCUUACAUUUAAAUAUUAUUUAAUAAUUUUCAUCCAAAAAGAAGUGUUAUGAACUAAAUAUUUCUGUUUUUGGAAAUAUCUAGUGAUCCAGUAAUGUAUAGGAUUUAUUUUAAAAACUGUAAGAUAUAAAAAAAUAAUUUUAUCAUGCUCAUAUUUUUUAAUACUAAGCAUGUAGAGAUUAGAUUUAAAAUUAAACUAUGUUUCAUUUAUUCUAUAUAAGGUGCCCUAUUUCAGUAUUUUAUUUUGUAAUGAUACAUAAAUUUUUGUUUGGCUUGCAAAUAAAAUGAUGUACAUACUGUGUAUGUACGCACUUUCUAGUA